AUGACAAAAAGUUCAACGGUUAAUCAGGAAUGUGCAGCAUUUAAACCACAGAAAUUAAUUCAAAGUGAGAGAUCAAAUUCCCGUGUUGAUGUGGAUCAGAUCAAUGCAUUUUUAGAAUCUUCACCAGAGAGACGUGAUCAAGCGCAGGCACUGAUCCAAGAAAUUGUCAAGGAUCCAAUUUUAAAGACAGACUCAUCCAUGUAUGACAGAUCAAAGCGAGAAGAAAGGGCCGUCACAGCUCGUAAGAUUGCCAGAUUGGCUCUAUAUAUGGAACAUGAUAUUAAAACGGCUAGAAAACAUUUUAAAGGUAAUGAUUUAAUCGAGGAUUUGCAAAGGGAUACUGAGUCCAAAUUACCUGCUCUUAGUAAUAAAGAUUUGUCAAUAUUCGACAGAAGAUUGUCACUUUUACAUAACAUCGAUCCACAGUUGGGUACUCGUGUAGGGGUCCAUCUAGGCUUAUUUGGCAAUUGUAUUAAGGGUAACGGUACCAAUGAACAAAUUCAUUACUGGUUACAGGAACGUGGUUCCAGUUUCAUGAAGGGAAUCUAUGGUUGCUUCGGUAUGACUGAAUUAGGCCAUGGUUCCAAUGUUGCUCGUCUACAGACAAAAGCUACCUAUAACCCAGAUAGCGAUACUUUUACAUUAUUGACUCCUAAUUUACCAGCAACUAAAUUUUGGAUUGGUGGUGCAGCUAAUUCUGCUACCCAUUGUUCCGUUUAUGCACGUUUAAUAGUGGAAGGUAAGGACUAUGGCGUUAAAACGUUUGUCGUUCCUCUAAGGAACCCUGAAACUUUCCAAUUGUUGCCCGGUAUCGCUAUUGGUGAUAUUGGUCAUAAGAUGGGUCGUAAUGGUAUCGACAAUGGUUGGAUUCAAUUCCAUAAUGUGGUUAUUCCUCGCGAAUACAUGCUGAGUAGAUUUACCCAAGUGAUACCAUCAAAGGCUCCCAAUGGUAAGGCUACCGUUAAAACUCAACCUCAAUUAGAUCAAAUCUCAGGUUACUCUGCAUUAUUGAGCGGUAGAGUUAACAUGGUUAUGGAUUCCUUCCGCUUUGGAUCUAAAUUUGCAAUAAUUGGUGCUAGAUACGCUGUUGGUAGACAACAAUUUGCUAAACCGAAACAACCAGAAACUCAAUUGAUUGAUUACCCGUUGCACCAAUACCGUGUUUUACCUCAAAUCGCCGUUCCAUAUUUGGUUUCACCUGUGGCAUUCAAAUUGAUGGAUCAAUAUUAUUCCAUCCUUGACGAGUUGUACAAAGUCUCUUCACCAGCUACUUUUGAUAAGACAGGUUUAGCCAUAGUAAGCAAAAAAUUGAAAAACUUAUUUAUUGAUAGUGCAAGUUUAAAAGCUACCAACACUUGGCUGGUGGCUGAACUUAUCGAUCAAUUGAGACAAUCUUGCGGUGGCCAAGGUUAUUCCAGUUACAAUGCUUUUGGUAAAGGGUAUGACGAUUGGGUAGUACAGUGUACUUGGGAAGGUGAUAAUAACAUUCUAUCACUAUCCAGCGCUAAAUCAAUUUUGAAAAAAUUUGCAGCAUCUAGACGUGGCGUUUUUGACAGAAGUUUGGAUUCCGGUUCCUUUGACUACUUGGAACCAUCAUUUGUUCGUGCUGUUUUAACUGGUCAAGAAACCGCUUCAUUACGUCAACUGCAAGAUUACACCAAAGUUUGGGCAAUUGCGUUAGUGAAAUUUUUGGAUCACAUUGCCAGAUUAAUAGAUGUUACGAAAGAUUUGGAUAGUGUAGCCAAAUUGCUAGUUCUUGUCUCCAAAUUCCACUCACUACAUUCUAUGUUGCAGGCAUACUACGAGAAGCUGAAGAACCCUCAAGACUCUCAUGUGACAGACGCUGCUUCAGAGGCAGCUUUAUGGGACAUUUACAAAUUGUUCUCACUGUAUUUCAUUGAUAAGCAUUCUGGUGAAUUUCAACAAUUCAAAGUCUUUACACCAGAUCAGAUCUCUCAAACAGUACAACCCAAAUUGUUGGAACUAUUACAGAAGGUGAGAAAAUCGAUUAUUCCUUUGACUGAUGCUUUUAAAUUACCAGAUGAUAUGAUUAACGCCCCAAUUGGCUAUUUUGAUGGUGAUAUUUACCACAACUAUUUCAGUGAAAUCAUCAAACAAAACCCUGCCGAAGCUGAUGGUGCUGGUGUACCACCUAACGCUGAUCUAUUCACCCGAUUGCUGGCAAGAGGUAGUGAGUUUGAUCAUGCAUUGGGUGGAUCCCCUAGAAGUGAAAUUAUCGAAAGAUUAGGUAAAUGA